UAAGUGUCUAUACCCUGGUCCAUACUAAUUACUAGUUGAAGCAGGUCAAAAAAGUAUUUUAUGUAUACAAAUAGUUGUGAGAAGAAAAAAAAAAACGGUUCAUCAGCAGAGGAAGAUCCGGACAGAUGAUCGUCAGCCCGAAGAUAUUACGUUAAUACCUGGCGUAGCAGUUGAAAAAACGUAGAACGAUUACGACGAUACGAGAUGCCGCGCAACUCCAACACCCAACAACAACCUCUCCGCUGGCAGUUCCCGUUUGAUUAGGAUUAUUUAACCGUAUGAAUUAUUUAAUGUAGUAAUUUUAACUUCUGGUUUAUCGCUAUUUAGAACUUCGCUGUCUCGCCAAUCCCGAAUAUCAGCUGUCCGCGAAUCGUCCACCUGAUUUUUCAAUGUUAGGUUAGAAACUAGGUUAGAUAUGGACGAAAAAACGGCGAGGGAAUCCCGCAGCGGAGAGGUUGUCAACGGGUUUCGGAGCUGCAGGGACCUGAGCGACGUCGUUCUGUUGUAUGCGCCGCGAGGCCUGUAUUUGAAACCAAUUGCCAAAAUUAAUGUAUCUGUUAAUCUACCUCAACUGAAGAUACCAGGCAAAACAAUAUCAACAUGGGAGGUAAUGGAGAAGAUACGCGUCCUGGCGCGUCCGGACCAAUUCUCAUCACUGAAAGUAACGAAAAGUACAUUGGAAUUCGUAAGACUGGAAGGCGAUCUGGAAGACAGAUGCAGACUUCAGCAGGUUCUCGCCAGGCUAGAUUCCCAGCGUUUAAAUCUAGCCGGAUUCCCAAAUAUCCUCAAAGUCCGGGCUGCAGAGGCCAAGGACGAGUUUCCAACCCGGCAUUCAUGGGACUCUUACUUCAGGGAUGCCAAACACAUGAACGAAUUAAAACCUGGCGAAAGACCUGACACCAUUCAUAUCACUGGCUUACCGGUCAAGUGGUUCUGCGAGGAGGGGGCUGAAAUCCCCAGCGAGUCACUGGUCUCCAAAAUAUUCCGCAAAUGGGGACCCCUUCGGAGGGUCGAUGUCCCAGCUGCAGAUCCAUACAGAUCAAGAAUGAGGCUUGGCACAAAUAUACAAAAAUUCAGUUUCGGCGAUGGACUUUUCUUUGACGCUUAUAUUCAGUACGUUGAGUAUAUGGACUUUGUCAAUGCUAUGGAUGCCCUCCGAGGGAUGAAACUGUUGAAGAAGGAGCCACUCAAGUACCUUACAGCAACGAUUAAAGCUGAUUUUGACAAAACGAAACACAUGAAUGACUCAAGCGUAGCUCAUCGUGAGUUUGAAAGAAAGAGACUGACUGCACAGGACAGCAUGGCUGCGGAAAAACUGCGCAAGAAGCAAGAAGCUAUUGAAUCACGCAAAGCAGAACAGAGGAAGCAGGAAGAAGCGAACAGUACCGCGAAGCAGCUUAGGCGUCAGAAGAGAGAAGAAAAGCGUAAGCGAAAAGCUUUGACCAUUAUUCGAAAACAAGAAGAGGAUAAGGUAUCCAUGAAAAUUGCGAGAGAGGAACGGAAGCUGAUAAAGGCUCAGAGGCAGCUGGAGAGCAUAAGAUUGCUUGACGAAUUGUUUGAUAGACUUAAGGUAGUGGUGAAGGUUGAGCAGAAAGAAAUUGAAAUCAAGAAAACUGAUACAGAGUCUAAAAAGGAUGUGAAGAAAUCAGAAAAGUUGGGCCAGGAAAAAACGUCGGAACACUCGGAAUCUGAUGAGGAUAAAAAAAAAGAUCGAAAGAAUAAGAAAUCUAAAAAAAGAAAGAUCAAAAAGGACAAAAAGAAAAAGAAAAAACAAAAAAAGGACAAAAAAUCUGCAACGGACGAAGACGCGGAUUACUCGGAUGACGGUGCAAGGAAAGUGAAGAGCGUGCUCACUAGUGGCAUCGCCCUUCCAUCAUCCUCCUCAGGCCCGCUUCCAGUUGAUACCGCAGGAUCAUAUCCAGUGAUGUACCCAAGCUUCGAUCCAGCCUGGUACUGGAACGGGGCCGCAUCGCCGUUAUUCUUCCCGCCAAUGAUGCGGGGAAUACCGAGAGGGCCACCAAGAGGACGUUUCCUGCGCGGAAGAGGUAGGGGCUUCACCCCGUGGCGUGGCCAUUUCCGUCAGCCGCGUCCGUUCAAUCCUCAUGUCUACAACGAUCAGUACUACAAAUACUUUGCAAAGCUGACGGGGCACGAUUACCACGAUUUGGAUUUGGAGAGCGAUUGGGAUCGCGACUCGAGGUCGAGAUCCCAGAGUCGUAGGAGAUCCAGGACUAGAUCCUACUCCAGAUCGCGGUCAAGAAGCAGGAGGCGGAGUCGUAGUCGAAGUAGAAACAGGAGCAGAAGCAGAAGCCGGACGAGAAGUAGAAGCAGGAGUAAAAGCAGAACUAGGAGUAGGAGCAGGGGGCGAGCCAGGAGCAGAAGCAGGAGCAAAAGUAGAUCUCGUUCGGGACGAAGAGGUGGAGCGAGGACGAGGUCGGGAUCGCGACGUUCAAGGUCACAUUCGCGAACAAGGUCGAGGUCGAGGUCGCGAAAAUUGAACAGGUCGAGAAGUAACUCGAGGACAAAUUCCAGCAGACGAAAACGCAGGAGGAGAUCUGGAUCGCGAGUUAUGAUAACUCGGGCAAAAUCUCGUAGUGUUUCGCCUAAACAUAAAUCUCGCAGUAGUUCGUGGUCGCUUCCAAGGACACCUAAUCGCAGGAGCUGUUCUUGGUCAAAGGAUAUUGAUAGUCAGCCGAAGGGUGGAGGGGGAAAAAAGAAGAAAGAGGGGGAGAGAGAUAAGAGGAAGAAGAGCAGCACGGAGACGAGAAAAAAGGAUGAUCAUCGCAAUGAGACUGAUAGAGAUAAGAAAGUAAAUGCGGAAAAUGGGACUAUUGAGAAGGUUGAUAACGUUAAUAUAACGAAUGCCGCUGUGCUUCAAACUGAGGCAAUCACACCCGAUUGAUUAGGCGUUGUCGAUACUUGACUGUGAUGUGUUGACAUACCGAAAGGCGAAGGGAGUAAGAAAUUAGCAUGUAAUUAAGAAGUGGAGAGAUGUUUCGGUAAA